UUGAAGGGGAAGACUUUAACGGAGGGACACCUGUGCAAAGAUGGGAGACGUACCAGACAACGCACCGGAACACUGCCCGGGCACAAAAAGUGAACAAGCAGGAAAGUCUGCAUCAUGUCAAGGCUGUCCCAACCAGAAACUGUGUGCUUCUGGAGCCACAAAGGCCCCCGACCCUGCCAUCGCAGAAAUAGGAAUAAAGCUGUCAACAGUCAAACACAAGAUCCUGGUGCUGUCUGGAAAAGGAGGAGUGGGGAAGAGUACUUUUAGUGCACAUCUGGCCCACGCCCUCGCUAGUGACACUACGAAGGAGGUUGCACUGUUGGAUGUAGAUAUCUGUGGUCCAUCCAUUCCUCGGAUCAUGGGCUUAGAGGGAGAGCAAGUUCAUCAGAGCGGCUCAGGAUGGUCUCCUGUGUACGUGGAGGACAAUCUGGCAGUCAUGUCUAUUGGCUUCCUGCUCGGUGGCCCCGAUGAUGCUGUGAUCUGGAGAGGACCGAAGAAAAACGGGAUGAUCAAACAGUUUCUGAGGGAUGUUGACUGGGGGGAGCUGGACUACCUCAUCGUGGACACUCCACCCGGCACCUCUGACGAACACCUGUCCAUCGUCCAGUAUCUGAGCUCCACCCAUGUAGAUGGAGCCGUCAUCAUCACCACACCACAGGAGGUGUCGUUGCAGGACGUGAGAAAGGAAAUCAGGUUCUGCAAGAAGGUGAAGCUGCCGAUCAUUGGAGUGGUGGAGAACAUGAGCGGCUUCGUCUGUCCCAAAUGCAAGAACACGUCACAGAUCUUCCCUCCCACCAGCGGGGGCGCUGAGAAAAUGUGUGCAGAUCUAAAUCUACCGCUGUUAGGAAAAGUGCCUCUAGACCCCAGAAUAGCACAGAGCUGCGACGAGGGCAGGUCUUUCCUCAGUGAAGUACCUGACUCUCCUGCUGCUCAAGCCUAUCAGAGAAUUGUGCAAAGCAUCCAGGACUACUGUUCCAACAGAGUGACGGAGGAGCAGAGUGCAACCUGAACCCAACGAAUGGCGGCCAUAUUGGAACAGACAAAUCACAUGACAAGAGUGUGGUAGAAAACUACUGAACAAAAAACACACACAGGAAAGCUCAAAACAACAAUAUGACAAUGUUUAGUGAAGCUUGUCAGAAUUAUCUCAAUAUUAUAAGGAAUUCCUGACAAGUAGUGAGUCUAUUAGAUCUCGUUGUGCCAUUAUUCUUCUGUCAGUACAGUAUUUACUUGAAGAGUUGACCAAAAUAGAUAAAUAUAUGAUAAUUAAUAAUGUUUCAAUUGUAAUACAAUUCAAGUUAGUUCCACUUUGUAAUGAAGUAGAGAAUUAGUCUUGUUGCAUCUUUAUAAUAAAAGUGGUCCUAUUUAAAUAAGCACUUUGGCCUAAUUUUGAACAUGACUGUUUGCAUUUUAUAAUGAUCCUAAUGGAGAUAAAUGGGUUACACAUUUAGAGUUUCACUUUUAGGCAAUUAUUUUGUAAAACAGCAGGGCACCGGAGUUUUUAUUGAGCUCAGACAUGAGUAAAUAGUACAUUUGUUGGGUGUGAGUUCAUCUACAAAUACACAUUUAGCGCAUGAAUAAGUAUUUACAGCCGAACAAUAAUGUUAGUGGGUCAGACAGUGAUUAGUUAGUGGUCAUGAAGGGAAAAUAUUGCAAGGUGUGGCUUAUUACAGCACAGAGAGGAAGGGUUUAUGUGUGUUUUAGGGUAAUUAUAAAGUUUUUUGACUCCAAGAAUAGACUUUAUCAGCCGUUGGCUACACGAAUAACACAUGUUGUAGGAUACAUUCCAUUCAAAGUUUGUCUUUUCAUGCUAUGCUAACAAUAGGAAAAAUGCAGAAUAUAAGACUUUCCUUUAUGGCAAAUAAUUUAAAGGAGGAACAUUUACAGGAGUAAUGGCUCAUUAUUUCAGGACCCUACAUGAUAAGAAGGAUAGUGUAGGUUAUUGUCCAUGUCUUAUAUAACAAUGUUUCCAGAAAUGUUGGAAUGCUGUGUAAAAUGUCAAAAAAGGAAAAACUAAAUGCAAUGAUUUUCAAAUCCUUUAAACCUCAUUUUUAUUUACAAAACUGCAAAUACAACAUAAUAAAUGUUAAAACUGUGAAA